GCUUAGCCUCGCCUUGGCUACCUUCUCCCAAGGGCUCAAGAGGCGCCGGGAGGUCCUGCAGUCCCCGGAAGCCUACAAUGGCUGGCUGCAGGAAUUAAUCGGGAGGCUGGAAGCGCACCUGGCCGAGCUCUCGGAGUCCAGAGCGCUUGCCAGAGGAGCCAACAACGAUGGCGGCCAAGGCACAGAGGGCGACGAUGCCCUCGUGGCAGAUAUGGCGGCCCCUAGUGAGGCCGAACUCCUUGAAGCCGCUGGCUACACGGUCGUCCAUGAGGCCUUGGGCGGUUCGAGGCCGCCCCGGGCCGUCGAGGCCACAACCCUGACGCAGGCACGUGCCCGAGGGCUUGCGAACAUUGACUUCCUUGAGAGCUUGAGCUUGAGAUGGGUGCCGGGACAUUUCAGAAGCCUGCGUCCGUGA